CGGUUGCGUUAGGUUGACUUCGACCGGUUUUAGAAUAAUUGAGAGAGAUUUAAAGACUGAACGAAAACAUGGACUUGUGAUUGUGUUUAUUUUCAAAUUAUUUUGUGUCUCGGACAUUUGUGCAAAAAUGUGGGGUGAAAGCAGCAAAAACUGUGAAAUAAACUGCCAGUGUUCAGGAUUGAUCACUGACAGCUUCAAAAUCAACUCUGGCAACAGCGCGACCAAGAGGAAACAGGACGAGGCGUUCUCAACAAAUUUCAAGCUUAAAAUGAACCCGCACUCCAUUAACUUCAGCCCGUCAUCUCCAAAAGCCACACCGUCUAAACGAAGGAUCCUCGGAGAGAUCACGAAUGCUCCGUUAUUCAAAUCACCAGCCACGCACACACCGUACAAAUCCCCAAUCAUUGAGAGGUUAAAACAGUCUCCGUUGAUUGAUCGCAAUUUAUCCUCGCCUGUGAGCAGUAAACUUAAGAGUACGAAUAAGAUUUCUAGGAUCUUCGAAGAACGGACCCGGUUUAAGAUGGAUCUGUUGGAGAAUAAAGAAAAUGUAAUGAGCGAGACUUUCAUGAAAUUAGAUGUUGAGGAGGAGACUAGGGACUGCACAUUCGCAGAUGGAUUUUCAACAGACAAGACUUGGUCCAACACUAAGCUGGACUUCACAGACGCGCUGCAAACGAAAAUGAGUCCGGAAAAAGACAUUUUCGUCCCAGAAGCAGAGGAUCCAGACCUUGACUCGGAAUUCACGACACUUCACGACUUGGAACAGGAGUUCGAGAAUGACAACUUCGAUCAAUGUACUAAAUACGAAAUCAUUUCGACUGACAGCCCGGACAUCAUCUCGCGGGGACGGCAAACUACAACGAGGAAAGUCGUGUCGAGGAAUUUCAACUUCGGAGCGCCAUUGGCUGACACCGAACAGUCCACCUCGUUCAACCGCCCCAAUGUGACUGCUACAAGAAUGUUGAAUUUCGAAGAUGAAUCGUUCGAAUUCACCUCUCCUGCCAUGAGGAGGCCUUCAACCAGUAAUGGGAGUGUUAAAAAGUCUUUGAAAUUCACCGAGACUCCGACUAAGAAUCCAUUGAGGCAUGAGAGGAGCGAUUCAAGUAUUGGAUCCAUGAGUUCAUCGCCCGCUUCAAGUCGAUUAAGGAUAUAUACAUCUGAAUCAACAACUUCUAUGGAAAGCGGAUUCAUAUCCGAAUUAGAAGAGCCAUUUUUGGAAAUCGAUGAAGGGACGAGUUCGCCAACAGUUGCCAAUUUCAAUGAGUUACUAUCCGGACAAAUUAAGGAGAAUGUGUUAGCCGAAAACAACUUCUUGAAGCGGCCGUCUUUGCAGAGAUCACUAAGUUUGAACCCGGAGAGUAAAGCGAGGGUAUCUUUGUUCUCGAUACUAGAGAGUCCACAGAAGAAGACUGUGAAAAGGGCGGAGAGUGGAGAAGAGAGGAAUGUGGCUAAUAAGAGACGGAAGCAGAAUCCUGAAGUAGAACGAGCGCCAAGGCCGGUGCUACAGAGGGCGUUUUCUGAGAACCACGCGUCGAUUAUGUCCGCUUUGACAAGAUCGAUGGUGGAGCCCGACCUGAUCGGCGACUUCUCUCAGCCGUUCGCGCUGCCGCUGACGAGCGGCGACCACUCCGACCUCAAGUCCAUCUCCUGCGACACGCUGGCGGCGCUGCUCCGCGGGGGCUACGACGACUGCAUCGGCCAGUUCCAGGUGAUCGACUGCCGCUACCCAUACGAGUAUGAAGGCGGGCACAUCAACGGGGCACUGAACCUGUAUACCCGCGAUCAGAUCCUGUCUCUCGUCAACAAGCCGCUGGAGACGCGAGCGCUGGAAGACAAGCGUAGAAUAUUGGUGUUUCACUGCGAAUUCUCACUGGAGAGAGGGCCUAAUCUAUCCCGCUUUCUCCGCUCCUCAGACCGCGAGAAGAACAUGGAGAAUUACCCUAAUCUUAAUUACCCAGAAGUCUACCUCCUCCACGAGGGCUAUCGCGCUUUCUACAGCAAACAUCCGGGCCUUUGUACCCCGGCCGGAUACACCGCCAUGUUGGAUCCAAAACACAAACACGUCUUGAGAAGAUUCAGGUCCGUACCGUCUACUAGUAGGAAUAGGGUAGAUAGGAAUAGACUGUUAUUGUAGAAUGGUCUUUUGAGUAGACCGGAUUUAGGAAUAGACAGAUUUUGUAAAUUGGUCUUUUAUAUAGAACGCGACUUUAUAAAACACCAUAGAAUUCUGAAUAAUAUAAAACAUCCCAUCCCACUAAUAUGGUCUUUCGAGUAGACCGGCUUUAAUACCAUGUUUGAAUACUUGGAACAAUAGAAAUGAUGUGUCUUCGUAUUGCAUAGCACGCAGCUCUCAAAUAAAUAUAAGAAUUGAGAUAUGUAACAUAAAAACAUUCAUUAGUUGCAACGUUACAUUUACCAGUGCUUAUAAAUUCCAUAGUCUUAUUUUAUUCAGAAUUUUAUCUUAAACAAGCUAUUAAGUCUACUAGUAGAAAUAGGGUUAAAUACUGGUGUUGAAUGAUGGUCUUCAAACACACUUUCAACAUUCUGCUUAUGAAAACGAGGUGAAUAGAAAUAGACUGUAGUUGUAAAUAGCCGGUCUUCUUAGUAGACCAAAUGUCUGAUUGGGCCAAAUUUCUUUUGGUACACCUUACAUAGGAUAAACGUGUAAAUAAUCGGUCUUUUGAGUAGAAUACAUGCAGCAACGAAAGAAGGAAUGAGGUCUUUUAAGUAGACUAAUUAUAGACUAACGGUUAUUUUUAUCUGAAAAUGUAUAUGAAGAGUUUUUAGUAAUCGUGGUAGUGGUUGGUCUUUUAAGUAGACCGAUUCUUUUUUAUGUAGACCAUGGAAUGGGGGUCCUAAAUUUUAUAAUUGACCGUCUUCGUUAGAGAGUUAUAUCAGUCCCGUUAUUCACAAACACUGACAAGGCGUAUUUCUCUCUCUCACUCUAAUCGUUGAGUUAAAGAGUAAGAAAGAGUGAUCAGACGUGUGUGUUCAUGACGGUUUAUAAACUUACUGUGUCGACAAAUGCAUUAUACAAAAAAAUUAAUAUCAUUUUAUUAUUUUAUUCAUACAAAGGAUUUUUGCCGUCCUUCUUGUUUAAAUAUAUAUUUUCAAUUGCUGCUUACACGCCCCAAAAUUUCAGUAAACCUCAUUAGCAAUCCAAAAUGUAAAUAUUAUUUUUAAGCUUGAAACAUAGAUCUAAUAACAUUUAGAGCUGACUUGUAAAUACAAAGAAUAAAAUGCCAUAUUAUUAUUAAUUGUAGUACAAAAUUAGAUAGUGACGUGUAUCCCACCUUUUUACAUGCCAUUUUUACGCUUAAGUUAUAUAUCGACUAAUGAUAAGUUAGAAAUAUAAUUAUGGGGAAUUAUAAUAUUGCUAAGAAUUUGGUGUGUACACAUAUUAAGAGCUAUCAAUAACAUGAAACAAUUCUUUGGCAAUAAAAUUACGUUCGUUAUUAAAAAAAAUUAUGAUAAAUAAAAAAAAAUAUACACUGUUUAUAAUGUUUGAAAUUGGUAAUGAAAUGACGUGACGAGCAGAUGGAAAAUUUUCUUAGGUUUGAAUUGUCGGUGUUGCAUAGAUUUUAGAGCUUAUUAAGUUUAGACAAUGAUUAGUUUGAGAAAAUAAAAUGCGUUCUCUAGAAAUAAUGUGAGAAUUAGAUUAAAUAGAUUUAUAAACAAAAAUUACGCUUGAAUGAUCUGAAUAUGUGAGAAGGAUCUUUGUUUGAUCUAUGAUUUACUUCUUUUUAUCAAAUGACAUAAUAAGGUUCAAUUCAAUUUGCAUGCUUUGUUUGCACGUAGGUUGUAAAACUGAUUCUGUUAUACCUUUUAUCUGAAAUUUAACUGACAGUGUUGGGGCGGUAAAUAUGUGGAAUACCUAUUAUGAUUGGGUCACUCACGCCUACAAAAAAUGGUCUGUAGUUACAUGCACGCGAUUAGACAAACGUAGAUAAGGGUGAACUUAGAUUUCUCAUCUGUCACUAAUACACGGAAAAAGAGGUAAAAUGAAGCAAGCGCUUUUUCAAUAAACGUACAAUCCUGGUAGAAAGUUUAUUUCACAUAUUUCCAAGUUAUUUAAAUACUUACCAGUGCCUCAAGUUUUUUGGAGAAAUUGUAUAAGCUUUAAAUACUUAACUAUGUGCCGUGUAUAGCCAAAACUGUAAAUAAUUUAGUCAUUUAGUCACAACCGCGUAUUUUUCUAUGUUUGAGGUAGUUUUUGGUAGGUAUUACACGGGUUGUCUCCGAUCUUAUAUUUUGAUACCGGACCAAAACGAUCGGAGAUUUUAACUGAUUUUUAGCCACUUAAAAAUAUCGCAAUACUACUUUAGGCUACGUGCGUUAAGAUUUAUAUUUUUGUCUAAGAUAAAAAUUAUCAAAGCUAAGGAGUUUUAGGAACGAUUGAAUUCUUUUUCAAAUAUUUUCGAUACAUUUAUCAAUUGUUACGCCAAAUACAAGAAUAUGCAGUUUAAGUUUUGAUUAUACAUUUAGUGAGCUAAAUACCUUAAUAUAAAACACAUAUAUUUUAUCACAAGUCCUAGUUGUAGUUAUUUGGUCUCGCUAAAUGUUCUGGGUCAACUAUCAAAAUUAAACUUAAAAAUAUUAUGGUGAAGUUUUAAAUAGAAUUAAUUUUGUAGUUUGAGUCCUUGACAUAGAUGUAAGAAAUGUGUAGUAAUGUCUUUCUCAAAAAAAAAAAAAGAAACAUUUCUUUUUAUCCCUGUCUGUCUAAUUACUUCUGCCAAUGGCCUAAAAUUAAAAACAAUUAUGUUAUUCGGAAUAAAAAUUAACUUAACUUACGAUAAACAUAAACCAAGUGAAAGAGAAAAAAAUAAGAAUUCUUAAAAUAAAUUUAUAACGACUAUUUCUUGAAUUAUCGAAAAAUGAAAUAAAUAAGUUUCGGAUUUCGUAAUUUUUUUUGUAUAUAAUUAAACACAUUAUGUUAAGCGAAUACUGAUAAGUUGGUUUGCAAUUUUAGGUUUAGUCUAGAAUAAGAUUUUCUAAAUGAGAUUUUUCUGAGAAACUUAUGCAUUUUGUCACAAAAAAUCAUAUAAAUUUUGAAGAUUUGUAAAAGACACGAAUAAAGUAAAUAGCUGUUUUUAAGGUAUCUAAUUCAAACAAAUUUUCAUUAAAUUAUCGUCUUACAAAUCUCCAAACAUAAAGAAGAAAUGUAUAGUUUCCAAAAAAUGUACGCUUACUAGUUAAGAUGUAAAUAGGUCAAGAUUGUGUAUUUUAUAUAAUGAUAAUAUAUAUUGAACCAUGUAUUCAGUGUUCAUUGGAAUUUUCAUUUCAAUUAAUGAGCUGUCAAGUAAUUAAGAAAUCUAAUGUCAGUAUUGGAUCAUACUAACGUUUCACAAUCAUCUUUUUAUAUUUGUUUCUGUUUUGUUGGAAUAAAUUAUUUAUUAGUAUUUGAAGUGUGUUGACUGAAACUGAAAAUGUUGUAUUUGAUUUUUCUGGCAAAACAGGAAUGGAAGAUAUACUGAAAUAGAUUUCUUAAUCUUUACAGUAGUUUACAAGAGUUGCAAUAUUUUUAUAUUUUGACACACCUGUACGUACUCAAGUUUUGCUUGCUUUUUACCAUCAAAUAUAAUUAAAAUUUCACGGAUGAUUAAGUAACGUUACUUAAAUAUAAUGGUAAAGUUACUCGUGAAAUCAUUUACUAGCGACUCGUGGAAUGCGAAAACUUGUAGACGUCAGUUUUGUAAUCUGUAGUUUAAAACGGUAAGAUGUCCUUUCUAAACCAUUAUCCACUCUGUGGUAUGUUUUGUUCACGAAAAUGUUUGUCUCUAAAUUUUUUUCCAAAUUCUCUUUAGAUACUUAUUUUUUUUCUUAAAUAUCUUUUUUAUAGUCUAUUUUGAAUUUUCAUGUUCAGAAAUAUUUUAAAGUUAUAAAAAUUACAAUAUGUUAGGUCCAAACAAUGCUUUAAAUUGUUACUUUUUAUAUUUUUAAAAUAUUUCUUAAAAAAAACAUGGAAAUAUAUUUUAAAA